ACUUGUGUUCGGUUUCUUCUUGAAGAGAAUCUUAUUUUGUAAAGAAAGCUGAAGAAAGGAAGCAACGUAAAACAGCAAAAAACAAUGAGAAAGGCCAUGCAGGUGAUCCUGCUGUGUCUGAGAUGAAAUCCUUCAAGGAAAAAACUGGGUGCUUGCUGAAGUUUGCUGGUGACCUUGCUGAUCAGACAUGCAGAGAAGAUAUUCAUGAAAUUUUCUCCAAUCAUGGUGAAAUACAGUGGAUAGAUUUUAUAAGGGGUGCUAAAGAGGGGAAUAUCCUUUUUAAAACCAAUGCAAAGGAAGCAUUUGAAAAGGCAAAAGAAGCCCAUGGAGGAAAACUGCAAUUGAGAGAUAAAGAUGUCACUUGGGAAACGGUAGAUGGUGAAGAGGAGAAAACAAUUUUGAAGAAGAUAUUAGAAGAUCAGCAGAAGUCAUCGAACAAGCAAAGGACCAAAGCUCGAAGAGGUGGUAAGAGAAGUUCGGGUCGACGAAGGGUGCAGUUCCAAGGCAAGAAAACAACAUUUGAGAGUGAAGAUGAAGAUGGUGAUGAGGGAGUGGAACAAACGAAAGAAAUUACUGUCACCAGUCCAAAGAAGAGAACCCUUGAAGAAACUGUAACUGUAGAUGAGCCUGCAGCAAAACAACUGAAAACAGAAGAUCAAGUUGAUGAUCAGUAGGAUUCAAUUUGACCUGUAAACCAAACGAAAUUACCACAUGGCCUGAUCCAAGGUGUUUUAACUAUAUUUAAUUUUGGCCUCUGCAUUGCCUCCAUUGAAUAUCUUCCAGAGGGAUGGAAUUUAUUUAAACGAAAACCGUAUGAAGUCCACUUCAAUGUCAAUCUAGAAUGUAAAAAAAAAUAAACUGUAUAUUUGAAGAUGCCUUAUAAGCAUGCAGUUAAGAUUUAUGUAGGUGUUUUUUAAGAAAACAUUUUACUUUUGCUAAAAGAUUGGUUUACUUUAUUGGCUGUUUAUUCAUUUCCUUGCAGAGAUUAUGUACACAAAAUUGAUACUAAUACCUUGGAAGUUUGACAGUUUUAGUCUUAAUAUUGUACUAAUGUAAAUAGUCUGCAAAUUAUUGAAUAAAACAUCAUUUUGAAUUACAUAAA